AUGUUCAAACAUGCAAACUCGAAAUUCCCUAAGCUUAUUGAUUUUGGAAGUGCUGCAGAUUUAUAAAGAGAAAAAUUGCCGCUAACAAAAAUUAUUGGCUAACUAUCUUAUAUGUCGCCUGAACUUAUUGAUGAAUAGUAUGAUGAAAAAGCAGAUAUUUGGGCACUAGGUGUUGUUAUGUUUGAAUUAUUAAGUAAUAAUCUUCCAUUUGAUGCAAGUACUGAUUAGGACAUUAUGCUGGCAAUUAGAGAUGGAACAUUUAAAUUUGAUUCCCCUGCAUGGCGCAUAAUUUCUGAAGAAGGUAAAGACAUGAUAAAGCAAAUGCUGAGAUAUAAUCCUUAGACUAGAAUUUCUGCAAGAGAUGCUCUAAGGCAUCCUUGGAUUAUAACUUAAGCCCCAUUUUUCCCAGACUCAAAAGUAUUGAAUGAGCAUUUGGGAAAUAUGAUUGAUUGCAAGAUCUCAAACAAAUUGCAAGAAGCUGUUUUAUCAAUGAUAGUUCAUCGGAUAAACAGAGAUGAGUAUUAGCACCUAGAGCAUUCAUUUUUGUGCUUAGAUCAAGACUUUGAUGAGAUCCAUUCGCUGAUGACAAAGGAGCAUUUUUACCUGAUGACUAAAUUUAACUGGCUUCCCAGCUUGAUGAAUAGAGAAAAAGAAUUGAUUAUCAAAUGA